AUGGCCAUCAUCGCCGCCGAUGAAUCGAAAGCCCCAGCUGCCGUUCUUAACGUUGACGAUGCAUUUGACGACGGAGACGACGAUGUAGAUUCGGGAUUUGUCUUCUCGCGCGACACCGUCCGCAAAGAGCUCGAGAAGAACCUACCGCCACAUUUGGAUCUUUGGGAGGAAGGCGAAUCGGCCAGUGAGCAUACUGGCUCAACAACGGGCGCUUUCUUUACCAGCCCUCUGUCUGGUUCCAGCUCUGACUUUCACGCACACCGCUAUGGCAAUGCUGGAGAAUGGACAUCGCCAACACUGGAAUCUCCACUGUCGUCGCAACUCUCAGCACUAUCGCUAUCGGCACAUGUCGAAAGUCAUUCUGACGUUGAAGAGGAGGAAGAAGAGAAGAAGUCUGACCCUCCUCGUCCUGAAACUCCCCGGCUGCCAGAAUUUACACAGCACCCGUAUCCCACCGUAAUCAUCGAUGCUUCCAAGGAUCCUUUGCAUCGAGUAACUGUGACUUCAGAACCUCAACCUCAUUCAGCGAAUGGUUCGGCAUCCAACGGUUCACAGGAAGUUGUUCAUGAACAGCGCCCAGAUAAGACGGAGGCCAGCUCUCCGACAGUCGUUCCUCUACCUAUUCCCGGUCCCUCGAGCAACUCUGCACCCGCAUCUCGUCCCCACACUGUAGCCUCGUCGCCAUCGUCCAGCCACCAUGUAGCCAGCACGUCUUCGCUUCCCGAUCCCAGUCCCGGCAAACUACUGUACGAGAAACCUCAAGGACAUAAAUCCAGUCGCUCAACUGUCUCGGGGCCCAGCCUGUUCGAGAAAGUACGCAGCAAGACACGGCCAACUUUCCUACCGCCAAAACCUAGGAAGGAAGAUGACAAGCAUCUCUCAGAUUGGCAGAAUAUGAUGAAGCAGAGUCGAUUAGCUGCUGAAAAGCGACGGAAGGCUCUACAAGACCGACGGCUCCAACGAGAGAAAGCGAUUGAGGAGAACCUUGCGCGAUGGGAAGCAGAGAUUGUGCCGGAUUGGAAGGUUGUCUUCAGGAAUCCCAAUUUGCGGAAACUAUGGUGGCAGGGUAUACCGACGAAGCUUCGCGCUACAAUGUGGGAGAAGGCUGUUGAUCACUUCCGUACUUGCUUGUCCAGAGCCAAACGCGCGCUGAAUGCAGGAGCCUUCCCUGCAGAGGCUCUCAACCUUCUAGAGGAAGAUGUUCGCACAACUCUCCCUGCAAUCCAUAUAUUCCAUCAUGAGACAGGACCGCUCUAUGAGGAUCUGAAAGAGAUGUUAUAUGCAUGGGUCGUUGCUCGCGCUGACGAGGGUCUUGGGUAUACCGCAGGAGCAGCGAGGGUAGCAGCGAUGUUGCUCAUUAACAUGCCUAUUCAGAAUGCAUUCAUCGUCAUGCGCAACCUGUUGGACCGACAUUGUCUGCGAAGCUUCUUUGGCGGCGAACGUUCCAAAGACGAUGUGGAAGCUUACUAUCGAUCAACCGACUCUAGCCCUAACCUGUACCGUCGCCGCUAUAGAAUUUUCGAUACCCUUCUCGCUGAUGGGAUGCCCAAGAUCUACUUCAACUUUAAGCAGCACCAAAUAUCACCUUCGGCAUACCUACCCGACUGGCUAGUGCCCCUGUUCCUUGAUCAUCUGCCUUUCGAAGCCUGCGCAAGGAUAUGGGAUGUCAUUCUGCUUGAAGGUGACUCCUUCCUAUACCGCGCAGCACUCGGCAUGCUCGCAGUAAUGGAACCUAGGCUUUUCUUUCCCGAUCGAAAGGAGCUUCUGGAACUGCUCAAGGGAGAGAACCGGGCGGCAUUGGACGUGGCUAAGCGUGAAGGGAUGCGGCUAGAUGGCGGAAAGUAUGAAAUUUACGGUGUUGACGAGGAGACCCUCUGGGAGAGAAUUGAUCAUAUGGACGAUUGGUGGAAGGAAAGCACAUGGACGCGAUUGAUACAGCGAGAACUCCCCGAUGUAUAGACUUGUUGGGCUAUUUUGUUGCUUGGAGAAGGAUAGGGUACCAAUCUGAAUCACAUUAUUGGGCAUCGAUGUGCCAUUCGGA